AUGGCUACUUCGAUCGUUGAUAUCUUGAAUAUGCGUAUGUUCUUCGCUGAUUUUGUGCUUUAUUGCAUUAGUAUAUGUCUUGCUUAGUUUACGGUUUUAUUAGCUUACACUUUUUAGGUGAUAUUAUUCUUGUCUUCACUUUGAUUUGCGUUUUGAUAACAUCAAUUCAUGUUGGAUGUGGCAAGAAGGGAAAGAAGAAUGACAAAAAGAAGAAGGAUAAGAGCAAAAAGGUAGGAAUUCUUAAAGUUUUUGUUUGAUUUUUAGUUCUAAAAAGGUUGUUCUGUCAGUUUUGACAAAAAUCUCACAAUGUCAGUAACAGCGAUGUUUUAAUGCUAGAAAUUUUACUUUUAAGCAUUUAUAUAUAUCUAUUUAUAUAUAUAUAGUAAUGCCUUUACAGAAUGACAAAAAGAAAGGAAAGAGUGAGAAGGACAAGGGUAAGAAAGGCAACAUCAAACUAGAUGCAACUCAGCUGUCAGAAGAGAAACAAGCUGAUAAAGAAGGUGAGAAGAAAGAUGGUGGCAAACCAGCUGAAUGUCCAAAUGUAAGUUUUAUCAUUUUAAUUACUUAAAAUAAGGUUUUUGUUAUUCAAUUUUAUUUCAGGAAGAAAAGAAAGAAGAGAAAGAAAAAGAUGAAAAGGAAGAAAAGAAGGAGGAAAAGGCAAAAGAGAAGACGACUGAGAAUGAAAAGGAAAUCAAGUCGGCUGCCAGUUCUCUCAAGCCCAAAACUCAAAGCUACAACGACAAACAGAAGAAGAUCAAGGAGGGCAAGAAGGCCAGCAAGAAUCAAUAUCCUACUGUAAGUUUACUUUGGUUUUUUGGUGGUUUUAAAAGCGGGCGGAAGGUCAAUAUUUUGUAGAAGGGGAGUGUUUGAUGCUAUUAGGUUGUUUAAAUGAUUCUGUGCCAUUUCUCAAGCAAUUUUUUUGGGGUUAGAUGACACAUAAUUAUUUGAACAACAUAAUAGAGAUAUAAUUAUAUUAUUUAUGUGUAUUUAUACUUGACUAUCUUCAGAUGGACGACGUCGUAUCCGAUUGGGAGAAAACUCACGAAGAAAACGAAAAGAAGACACAAGGCAAGACGAAGACAGACAAGGACGACGAGGAGUGAUACUAAUGUUCUUGUACAAUGUUAUUUGAAUAAACUGUAUUUUAUCAAAUUUUGCUUACUUUUUGGAAAUUUGAAAAUUCGUCUUUUUAAAUAUUUUUUAAAGUUUAAACUUCCACCCCCCCUUUGUUUACAAAAACCAAAAACGUCGCGCAUCCCAACACUACUAUGGGGCUCUGGUUUCUUUGUCACGAGAUAUUGAAUUUCCGCUUAAUGAACCAGUGUUUGACCUAGCGACACGAUCGACCGGUCACUCUAAAUCUCCCAUUUUGGUCGAAAAACUGGAGACGGAACGAAGGGAUUCCACCACUUCAGAAGCCUCCGAACGGAUCGCUGGCCUCAGAAGGCGGAAGAAGAAGCGGAAGCACGAAGGAGCGACGCCACGUUCAGGCUUCACCUCGGCUUGGGUCAAGAGUCAGGAUUUUGGGUGAGUCGGGGGUGAUAAGGGAUAGGGAAAUAUUACCUAUGGUUAAAAUUGUCAUUAAUAUGAAGUUUUGGUUAUAUUGGUAGUUUAGGGCCAAUAGAUAUAAAAAAUAUUAAAGAAGUUUGUUUAAAAUUUAAAAACUAAAAAAUUUUUCUUAAAAUCAAAAAAGUAUUAAAAAUUUUUCCUAAAAACUCAUGUUUAACGUUUAUUCAUUGUCAGUUCAAGAACGUUGCUUUAUUUUAAUAAAAUCAGCAAUAAAAGUGGGGGUGCACACCUUUAAAUUGGGAAACGUCAAAUAUACCGCCAUGUCUUGUCAUUGUAACAACAUUCUGACGUAAAUCUUUAAACUUUUAAAUCUUUAUUGUAUUUUAGGCUUCAUUUUAAGGUUUUAAAAGGUUUGGUCAGUUUUGUUACUCCAACUUAUUUUUCAUUUUUUUAAAUUUUAAAAGUUAUGUUGUUUUAUGUGAUAUAUGUAAUAUAAAACAACGUAAUAUGUAUUGUUUUUACAAAAUUAAACCUAUGUAUGUCUGUAAAAGGUUUGUUUUCUUUAUAUUAUGAUAGUAUGUUGUAGAUCAGCUGCCAACACACCAAAAGAGUCCUCAUAUGCCAGGUUACUCUACGAUCCUGUUGACUCUGAUUGUAACAUGAUUCCUAUAAAGGUAAGUUAUGACUUCUAAUCAAAAGAAUAUUAUUUUCUUAAUCAAAACGAUAAUUUUUAUGAGCUUUUGAUCUACUAUAACAUUUUUUAAAAAAACCUUGAAAUGCCUAAAAAUUUUCGAAAAAUUCUCAAAACAUUUAAAAAUUUCUUGCCCACAUCAAGAUUGUUACCUACAGUCAAUGUUUUCUGUAAUAAGUAGCUUUAUAAAGUGAUUGUAACCCAUUUCCCCACACAAAAAAGGCGACGGUAGACAAAAGCCCUGAGGCACUUGAUUGACUGAAAAGGUGCGCGAGGCCACUUGAUCAGUCCGAAAGGACGUUUGGCCAUUGACCGUCCCAGUCCCGGGCCAUGUCUGGCUUGUUUUUCAGUCUAAUCAAGCCGGCUGGCUAUAAGAAAAACCCAAAAGAUGUUAUCAUUAAUCUCCAAAGCCCUCAGGUAUUUUUUGGUGUUUUAGAAGAUUUUAAAAAUAUUUUAAAAUUGUUGAAAAUUUUAAAAUUUUGAUUGCUUUAAGGGGUUUUUGCUGUAAUUUAAGUUUUGAAAAAAUUUUAAUUUGAACUUUGAGUUAAGUUUUAAAAAAUAGAUAGAAAAUUGAAGUAACUGACAAAACUUACCAUACUGUUCGUAUUUUAGGCCCUAACCAGGUCCCAAUCCCUAACCGGCUCUAUAACCGUAUCAAAAUCAGAAGUUAUUCAGAUUCCGCCGCUACGAUGGAUCGACAAUACAGAAGCGAAGAACUCUGUCAUUGUAGCUCUGUCAGCGUUUUAUGCUAUGGUAAUGACGAUAUUCGCUUUGGUAUUUGAGCUAUCACAUUUGUUAGCGGCCGAAAAGAAACGUACUAUUGAUGCCAAGGAUAUGGUGGGUUUAUUGGUUUGUAUAUAUUGUACGUUACUUUUACUAGUUAGAUUUGCAAUUUUUUAUUACUCUUAAUAAGGUAAAUGAAUUUGGGUCUUGACACGAAAAGCCUGAUUAUCAAGACUUUUUUGAAAUUGAUAUAUUAGCCACUAGACCUUGUAUCUUACAAUAUGUAAUACUAGGUCGUUCAAAUAAUCCUGAGCCUCCUCUCAAAGCAAACUUUCGGAGCUAGGGGGCACAGAAUUACUUGAACAACUCAAUAGUUUAUGGAAAAGGUUUUUUGCUAUCAUAAUAAGUGCUCCUUUAGUGUUUUGGCAUGUACAUGUACGGAAUAAGUAUUGUAUUUUUGUUCUACUGUUAUAUUGUUUUACUAUUACAUCCACGAUGGAAGCAGACGUUGAAGAAGUUCAAAAUUUGUAUUAAAGUCAGCAAAGUCAGGCAAGUUUGUAAAAAUCUAAAUUGUUGUUUUAAAAAAGGUUAAAGAAUAUCUUUUUCGUAUUUUAGACCAAAACUAUAAUUUUUAAAGCGUUCACUACCUAUGUUAAUAUAAUACCUUUGAUGUAACUUUUAAAGCGUUGGCAAUACCUAUGUUAAUAUAAUAUCUACAAUAAAAAACGCUGUCAAUACCUAUAUUUACGUUUUUAUAAUGAAAAAUCAUUAUUUCAGUAGUUCCGAAUCAAGCCAGUCGCUGGACGAUCAUUCGUACGCUGACGCCACCAUUUACCGCAAAGUAACUCAUGACAGUCCGAGCGCUGGCAGCUUGUUUUUGAGGCUGGGAGCGGUUGGUAUGUUACUUUUACUAUUAAUUUUUUUUAACUAAAAAAAUCUUUUUUCAAUUUUCUUUAAUUUUACUUUGUUUUAAAAUUUUCUAUGAACUUUUUGAUCAAACAUGCAAAAAAUUUUUUAUAUAAGACUUAUGGGCUCAAAACUUUUUACACAAUCUAGUGUUAGGUUGUUCAAAUAAUUCUGUGCUCCUAACCCUGAAAAUUUGCUUUGAGAUGGGGCUCAUAAAACCCCAAACAUUAUAAUGAUAUUGUUUUAGUUUUUGGCUUAAUAGGGACUGUGUACCAUGCUUUCAACGCCUUCCUCUGCACAGGUGACAGUCAAGACUGUCAGAAGCUCCAAGUCACCAUGGACAUCUUCUCUAUCGUAUUCAUCUUCACCCAGAUGCACUUUGUCUUCUGUAACUGGAAGAUCUCUAUCAGCGGAAGUCAGACGAUAGCCCGCUUCGGCACGAUGCACCUUGUAGCCGCGAACCUCUGGACCUGGAUACGAUAUAUCCUGAUCGAAGAAGGUGUGAUGGAUCGCGAGAUCAGGGAGAUCUUCUCUCGAGAAGGUAACGAGAAUGCCACGCCCAAACACUCCACCUUCACCGGUCAUAUGAGCAUCAACCACCAUCAUCAACAUACCAGAUACUGUGAAGGGUCCGAGUGUAUAUUGGGGUCGUUGUCAGAGAUCAUGUACACCUCCAUGGUAGAGUAUUCGUUAAUCGGAGCGGCAGUGAUGUUCAUCGUGUGGAGGAAUAUCGACCAUGUUAAAGAGCCUACCGUAUACGUUAGGAGGAAGCAUCAGAUCAGAAUGGACUGCUCUAAAACGACUUCUGGACUGUUCUUUGGACUGGCGUUUCUGGCUGGGACGUUUACGUCGAUGGCGGUUUACUAUGGUUAUACGAUACUUGGGUUGACAAGGGUGGCGGCUAUGGUGUUUGGGAUUACGGAUAUUGCUCAGGUACGUUAAUAUAGGUCUCAGAAUGGUGGAUAAGGUGAUGAAAUUGUAAAUUUUAGUAUUAUAUUACCUAAUUUUUAAAAUUGAAAUUAAAAAGUUUGUCUUUCAGUACAUAAUCGCCAGUUUUGGAUGUAUAUAUGCUCUGUAUCAAAUGAGGAACCUAAGAUACUACAAUGAAUACGAUAACAAUGGAAGGCGGAAGCUGAACCCUAAUCCUAGUCAAGUAAGUGGACGUUCAACUCCUUUUUUAAUAAAUAAAAAAAAUUAAUAUUAACAUAGUGUAUUUCUUUUAAAAAAUGAAAAAACAUAAUUUUUCCUUUCCUUUAGGAACUGUUGGACAUGAUAUUACUAUCACUUGGUAUGGCUGGGGAAAUGAUUUACUCUGUAGCCGGAUUGGUUGGUUUAACUGGUGAUGGGAAUUGGCAUCGUUUAAGUAUAGUUUUGUUAAUGGUUCAUAUCACAAGGAUAGCUCAAGUAGGUUUAACUACAAUGUAUAUUCGAUACUGUAACCUGCCUUGCCUUCCUCUACAUAUACCUUGCCGACAUCUUACUACUCGUAUUAACCUGUCGCAUCGUAUAGCAUAAUCUGGAUUACCCUACACAUAGUUAUACCUAUUGUAAACUAAAAAUUAUUUUUUCAUUUCAAUAUUUUAGGUAGGACUCCAAUCCUCGUUAAUCUACAUAGCCGGCAAACUCCGCAUCCAAGGCGACGAUGAGCUACGCGAGAAACAACCAGGGAAGCAGGCGAUCACCUUCCUCUUGAUAGCCAAUAUCGCUAUGUUUCUGAUGAAUCUCCUGGAAUCCGAGAAGGCUGGAGUCAGUGAAGCGGUUGUCAAUUUCUACGGUAAAAAGAGUUGGGUUUUCUUGGUGAGGAGCUUCUCACCAUUGACGAUAUUCUACAGAUUCCACUCGUCGGUUUGCCUAGCCGAGGUUUGGAAGAAUGCCUAUUCGUGGAAGAGUUGA